AGCAACAAUAAAUUGACUGAUAUCAUCCUUUUCUGCUUAGAGGCACACGCGGGAUAUCAGAUUGUCCAUAGUUUUGAUUUUGACAAAAUAACAUGAAAUCUAAAACGUAAAAAAGUUAUAGUAGGUUCAGAACUGUUCACAAACCCUGCUUUUCUGAUGCAUUCGCUUAUAAAAAGACCCACAGCACUAAAACCAGCAGACAUUGUCACAAUGUCAAAGUCACAGGUACUCGUAACGACUGUGGUGUUAUUGCUGUCCCUGUCUCUCGUACUGUGUGAAGAGAAGGACAGUAAAGAUGUGAAGGCGAAGGCAGAAGACGCAGGGCAGGAUGAUAUGGGCGACAUGGAUAUAAUGGGAGCGUUGACCGAUUGUAAUGAGACCUUCAGGAUUGAUAUUUCAUAUUUACUGGCCCUAAAUGAAAGCGGCAGUUUUCCUGAUGAAACCGAUAGGACACCAAAGUGUUACGUCCGUUGUGUACUGGAAAUGGUGGACGUGGCAACAGCUGACGGACAGUUCGAUCCAGAGCGCGCUGAAGCGGCCCUAAUGGGUAUCCGAGGAGUGCGAGCGCUCAGCAACGUCAAGGAGGUGGCUGUCACUUGCGCUGAUAGACAGGAAACCUGCAAGUGUGAGAGAUCGUACCAGUUCAUCAAGUGCCUCAUGGAGAUGGAAAUCAAGAUGUCUGAGAAAUCCUAGAACAGAACAAACUACCCUCGAUAUAUGGAUUUUUGAAAUUAUG